AUGGGGUUACGCAACAUUUUUUUUAGGCCUUUUGUCUCACUCGUUGCCGUGAUGAACAAGCGCAUUGAUCGCAUGGAUGAGCCUUUAAAGCGUCACAUUGAGCAGCACGAGAAAUCUGGUGAGGAUCUUUGCGCCAGUGUUUGGCGGGAGUAUUGGUCCUAUCAAAAAGCACUUUUACCGUAUCGACGAGAAAGACUAAUGAGUGAAAUCUCAUAUAUCACAGAAGGAAAACUAUCUUUGGCCAAUGUAAACAUGAAAGACAUCAUUCUCUUCUCUCGAGCAAUUACAAAAUGUUUGUUUUUAUUUAUCAUAUUCGUCAUAAUAGGUAGACGUUCUGUCUUCCCUUCACUCGAACCAACAUCAGUCUUUGUAGAAGAAGUCAACGAAAACUGGCAACCAAAUCACAAACGGGGACUGUAUAUCGACGAAUUGUGUUAA